UUUUAUUUUCCCCCCCAGCUUUUUGUGUGUGUGUGUAUUCAUAUGUCCUACCGACUGCACAGGAUUGAGAUUCUGCCACACAAAAGAACAGUUUAAUCUCUCCUGAGGUUUUUUUCACUCAUAUACGAGCAUAUAACAACAAAUACUUUAUCACGGUAUAAAAUAAUGUAAUAUUGUAAACACAUAACCUUGUUGUACUGUGGGGAGUAUUUUCCAUAAAAAUAUUGAAUAAUCUUUAGAAUAUACCAGAAACUACAGAAAUACUUUCAUAAGGAGGCAUGGCAUGUGAAUGGUUAUGGUGGUGUAUUUUUAUCAGACACUCACUAGCAUAAAAAUCAGCAGUGGGAUUGAAUGCGGACACAGCAAAGGAAAGGAAAGCAAUCCCUGUGGCUUAGUCUGAUAAUCCUCUGAAAGUAAAUUGGCCCUACUCUAAUCAACAUAGUGGUUGGAAGAAAAGUGAAAUCAUUUCACUUCCAAGAUAAUAAAUGCCCAAUGACAGAAGGUGUCCUUGCAUGUUCCAGUCUGUGGCUAUUUCCUGAUUGAUGCGUGUCUCUCAUGCUGCUCAUUCAGCCUUUUUUUGGCAAUGAAAAAAAAAAACAACAAGCCUGCUUUAAUUAAUGAAGUCCAGUUUCACCUAGCUUGCCCUGCUGUGAUAGUCCUGUUCAAAAUGUUACCUGCUCUGCCCUUUGGGAACACUACUCUGUUCCCUGUUUGAAUGCUGGCUUGCAGGGUUCCCUUUCUGUGUUUGGGUGCCCAGACCCCAAACUGGGGAGGCUGAGGAAUGCAUCACCUUUCCCCCAGGAGUGUCACUUUGUUUUGAACUAGUCUUGUUUUAGAAAUACUACUGCAUUCUGUUCUAAUUUUCCAGAGCCCCCUAAUCUUCUUCCAGGCUCUUAAUGAUGUAGUUGAUAAUAGGAUUGUUGGUAUUAAUUUGGAACAAUAAUGCCAGCUGCUUGCUUGGUGGCUAUUGGCAGAGAGGUGACCUUGCAGGUCAGCUAAGCAGAACUGGAAGUGCUUUGAUCUGAUCUAUACAGAGCCAGAUCUGCGCACCCGAACAAGAAGAGCGAGUGAAUUCUCUCCCCAUGGGAUGCUGAUUUUUCUCCAAAGAGCAGGGAGGUCAGCAUGGCGGUGGCCCUGGACGCAAUCCUCGCUCGGAUCAAAGAUGUUUGUAAAAGGAAUGGUUUGCUCAUCCUCUCGGUGUUAUCCGUCACCAUCGGCUGCCUCCUGGGAUUCUUCCUGAGGACGAGACGACUCUCCCAGCAGGAAAUUAGUUACUUCCAGUUUCCUGGUGAGUUACUGAUGAGGAUGCUGAAAAUGCUGAUUCUCCCUCUGGUUGUCUCAAGCUUGAUGUCUGGGCUCGCAGCCCUGGAUGCCAAGACUUCCAGUCGUUUGGGAAUCAUAACCGUCACUUACUACCUGUGGACAACGUUUGUGGCUGUGGUUGUGGGAAUAAUUAUGGUGUCCAUUAUCCACCCUGGUGGAGCAGCACAGAAGGAGAGCACUGAGGAGGGUGGAAAGCCCAUCAUGAGCUCUGCAGAUGCACUGCUGGACUUAAUCCGGAACAUGUUCCCAGCCAAUCUUGUUGAGGCCACAUUCAAGCAGUAUCGCACCAGGAGUAUUCCCAUCAUUAAAUCAAACAAAGCAUCAUCUGAAAGCACUACUCGUCGCAUUAUAAUUUAUGGAGUCCAGGAUGAGAAUGGAUCCAAUGUCCAGAAUUUUGCCUUGGAUAUCACCCCCCCUCCUGAAGUGAUUUACAAAUCAGAGCCAGGCGCUAGUGAUGGCAUGAAUGUACUUGGGAUUGUGAUAUUCUCUGCCACGAUGGGUAUAAUGUUGGGAAGAAUGGGGAACAGCGGUGUCCCUUUGGUCAGCUUUUGCCAGUGUUUGAACGAAUCUGUCAUGAAGAUAGUUGCAGUUGCUGUUUGGUAUUUUCCAUUUGGAAUUGUGUUCCUAAUAGCUGGCAAAAUCUUGGAAAUGGAUGACCCCUCAGCCAUUGGGAAGAAGCUGGGUUUCUAUGCCAUUACGGUGGUGUGCGGCCUGGUGGUGCACGGGCUGUUUAUUCUGCCAAUGAUGUAUUUCUUCAUCACCAAGAAGAAUCCCAUUGUCUUCAUCAGAGGGAUCCUUCAAGCCUUGCUCAUUGCUCUGGCCACAUCCUCCAGCUCAGCCACUCUGCCUAUCACUUUCAAGUGCUUGCUGGAGAACAACCACGUGGACAGGAGGAUCGCGCGGUUCGUGCUGCCCGUGGGAGCCACCAUCAACAUGGACGGGACGGCGCUGUACGAGGCCGUGGCUGCCAUCUUCAUCGCCCAAGUGAACAACUACGAGCUGGACUUUGGGCAGAUCAUUACCAUAAGUAUCACAGCAACAGCUGCCAGCAUAGGUGCUGCAGGCAUCCCACAAGCUGGCCUGGUGACAAUGGUCAUUGUUCUCACCUCAGUGGGGCUCCCAACAGAUGACAUCACGUUGAUUAUUGCUGUCGACUGGGCACUAGACAGGUUUAGAACAAUGAUCAAUGUCCUGGGGGAUGCACUGGCCGCUGGGAUCAUGGCCCACAUCUGCCGGAAGGAGUUCAUCAAAGAUGGUGAUGAGGUGCCAUUGAUCUGUGAAACUAAGCCUAUUAACAUCCAUCAGAUUGUGGCUUACCAGAGAAAUGGCUGUGUGAAGACCAUGAAUGAAUCUCGUGGACCAGAAACAGUGAAAGGGUUGCAGCACCAUAUACCCAUACAAGUGGAGCAAGAAGAAACUCCAGUGGAGAAUCACACUAAGAAAUCCAACAGUAAAGACCACUGCACUAUUGAAAUAAAUGAACUAGAAACAAAUGUGUGACUGCUACACUCAGAGGUAUCUCAGACCCCAGUGACCUGAUACCCAAUCUCUACCUCACAGCUGGAAGAAGGACUCUUUUGCCUUGAACAGGAAACCGUGGGCUUAUCGCCACCCUGCUUGUACUGGAGCUAGGAGACCAGCUGUGAACGUCAAGAAAGGCACACAGCUUGCAAGAGACAUGGGCUUCUUUAGAAGGAAGAUUUUACUACUGAAAAAUUAACUAAUGGACUACUACUGUUUUAUUCUGCAUUCACUGACUUCAAUAUAGUAUUUGACACUCCUUUGGCUUCUUUUUUUAAAAAAGCUUUUUUUAUUUGACCCUUUUUGAUUUUCUAACCAAAGCCUUUUUUUGUGAAUCUCAGUAUUAUGAACACUGUAGAAUUUUUGCUAUGUGAAAAUGUUUCACCAAAAUUGCUAAAGAUACUAAUUUUGUCUAAUAUUUGCUAAAUAUAGAGUUUGUGCUUAGUUUUAGAACAGCAGUAAGAAAAUCACACUGGUUUCCUGAUCUCAAGGGGUUACAUCUAUUCCUAAACCACAAUGCAAGCAGAGGGCAAGUGAAAUGUCUAUUUGUGCCAGAAAGGGCGUUAAUUGUGAUGGGCAGCCUUCAGAGACAGGCAGUCAAGUGUGAUUUCACAAAGAUUUCCUAGGUCACUGCAGAGCACAGUUUGCCUUCCAAGUGCCAGAUUUAACCUUUUUUUAACCUAACUCUUCAGUAAAGUCAGUUCCAUGCACAUGCAGUGGCAGAGGUGAUGUGAGCUCUAAUCCAUAAGCACUGGUGCUAAUGUGUCCUCUCCUGUAACCUAUAGGUUGUUCUACUGUAAAUAUGUUUAAACUCAAAGCUCAAGCUCAUGAACCAUGUGCUGCAUCUGAAGGGCAGACUGAACACAAACUGCAAACCGAGGAUGCUGAGUUAAAAUGGGGUUUUGUGAGGAGUUUGCUGUGGAAACUGCCCCAUUAUUUCUCAUAAUUCAGUUGACAGUUACUCCCUUUCCACUGUCUGCUGAAUCUUUCACUUACAGUAAAAUCUGCUGCAUAUGUUUCCAAUGUUUGUGAUAGAGAACAUUUUUAAUAAACCUGCCAUUUGAAAACAG